CAACACUUGUUUGUCUUUAUACCUACCAUCCUUUACCUCAAAGGGGCUUGUCAGGAUCAUGUCUGCCCAUCAGCAAAAUGGUGAUAGUCAUGACAAUGAAACGAAUGAUGAAGUAAACGAAACAAUCACCCCAAUCAUUACACAAUUCUCUACUCAUGAACGAUUUGUCCGAUCGGCAAAUGUAAGUCCGACAGUCUCAAGAAGCUCAUCACGCAACUUUUUACGUACAAUGACUUAUGAUGGUGCAUCAAAAUUCUCAACUUUACCUCGUAGAUUACGAGGCAUAAAGUCUGGUUCUUCAUCUGCAGGCUAUCAAUCAAUUCCUGGACAACAUGCACCAAAGAUGUCAAGAUUCAAAGUAUACGAUGACCAACGCUUUCAAGAGGAUUUACAACAAACCGGUCAAGGAAAUGGAGUUCGAGUCUGGUAUGAAUCUUACACAACAAUCGACUGGAUCCACGAUGCGGUCAAAGAAUCUUCUCGUCUCCGUAGAUUGCGUUCGAUUAAAGGAUAUCGAGGCAUCUUGCUCAAUCUUUGGGAUCGUUUGCAAGGUUGGCUAAUCGUUACAGUGACUGGUGUUAUUACCGCUUUGAUCGCAGGUGGAAUCGUAAAGUCUGAAGCUGUUUUGUUUGACUUGAAAGAAGGAUAUUGCAAGCGUAAUUGGCGUCUGGCAAAGCGCUUCUGCUGCCCGUUCGGUGAUCAACCCGACUGGGAUGGAGGCGGUAGCGUUGGAUUCGCACCGAACAGCAUGAAUGCAACAUCUUCACCGGCAUGGUCUUAUAGGAGCCAAUUUAUGACUUUGUCAUCUGGAUCUUCUGAUCCAACGAAGGGUCUCUUGACUGGAAUGGGAAACCGUAUGUUAGCAGGUUGGUCUGCUCCAGUUGCCUCAAGUCCUGUUUGGCGUACGCUAUCUCCAAGUACGGAGAACGAGAGUUGCCCUGGUUGGGUCACUUGGGCAGAUAAGUUUCAUCUGGCUGGAAAGUGGAACUUUAUUGCAGAGUAUGGUGUCUACAUUCUUGUGGCAAUUCUUUGGGCAUCUAUCGCAUCUUUGUUGACGAUCUACUUGACAUCCUCCGAAUUAUACGCGAAGAACAAGACAGAAGACGAAGGACUUGCAACCGAAAACUCCCAAGUACAUGAACCUGUCACACCAUCGCAUACUCAGACGGUAGAUGAGUACACUCCUUUGCUCGGUAGUGCUCGUCCUGGCGAUGAUUCAAUGGAUAGAACGUACAACAGCAAUGCGCCCCCAGAUAUUUCAAACAAGAAUGCAUUGCCCACAAAGAUCUUUUCGCAUUUGGCCAGCGAAGUACGUGCACGAGAAGCGUUGCCACCGCGAAAGGUGUUGUACUUCGGCAGCGGAAGCGGUAUAUCGGAAGUUAAGUGUAUCUUGAGUGGAUUUGUGGUUCACGGUUAUUUAGGAUUUUGGACUUUGUUCACUAAAUCGGUCGGUUUGGCAUUAUCAGUCGCAUCCGGUCUCUCUUUGGGCAAAGAAGGUCCUUUUGUUCAUAUCGCUUCUUGCGUUGGCAAUAUCGUUUGUCGUGUUUUUCCGAAGUAUGAAAAGAACGAAUCCAAAAGACGUGAGAUCCUUUCUUGCGCUUGUGCUGCCGGUGUUGCCGUUGCUUUCGGUGCGCCUGUCGGUGGUGUUUUGUUCAGUUUGGAGGAAGUUUCCUAUUACUUUUCUUCAAAGGUCAUGUUCCGUUCUUUCUUCUGCGCUACAGUCGCUGCAGCAACUUUACGAUUCUUGGAUCCCUUUGGAACGGGGAAGAUUGUUCUCUUUCAAGUAACGUACGAUCGUGAUUGGCAUUGGAUCGAACUCGGUUUCUUCAUCGUGCUAGGAAUAUUCGGUGGCGUUUAUGGAGCAUUGUUCACAAAAUUGAAUAUGAUUUGGAGCAAACGUGUUCGUGCCACUUCAUGGAUGUCAACCCAUCCAUUGUAUGAAGUGAUUAUGAUUACCACAAUCUCCGUCGCUGCAAGUUUCUUAAACGAUUACACACGAAUGGGAGGGCCAGAAUUAAUCGCAGAUUUAUUCAGUGAAUGUCAUGAGCAUGAAUCCUUAGAGGGCUUAUGUGUCUCAAAGCCAUCAGAAAUCGGACCUUUGGUCACUUCUGUUGCAUGGGCGAUGAUACUCAAAGGUGUGUUGACUAUCAUCACGUUCGGAAUCAAGUUACCGGCAGGUAUUUUCAUUCCUACCCUUUGCGUUGGAGCCUGCUUUGGUCGGAUCGUAGGUCUAUUGGUGCAAUAUAUUCAAUGGACCCAACCCGAUCUUUCCUUCUUUGCAUGGUGUCAAGCCGACAAAAGUACAGCAUGCAUCGUUCCAGGCGUUUAUGCAAUGGUUGGAGCAGCGGCAUGUCUGUCAGGCGUUACACGUACUACAAUUUCACUUGUGGUCAUCAUGUUUGAAUUGACGGGAACACUGACGUAUGCUGUACCCGUGAUUCUAAGCGUUUUGGUUGCACGUACGAUCGCUGACGGUUUGGAACAUAAAGGAAUCUAUGAUUUGGUGAUGGACUUUUCCGGUUUACCAUAUCUCGAUGCCAAAGAAGAACACACAUGGCAAGGUGUUUCGAUUAUUGAUGCUGUUGAUACCGGAAUCGAAGUGAUUUCGUUGGAUGAACAGAAUACAGUACAAAGUCUUAAAGAGAAAUUGGAACGAUUAGCAAUUGUGACCAGCAACCCUGAUGGAGGUUUCCCUAUUGUAGUGGAUCCUUCACGUAGAGCAGCAAGGAUGGGCACGAGUGGAUUUGGCAACAAUGGCGGAGAAUGGAGUCCUUCUAAGCCUAAAUUGGUGGGAUACAUUGCAGCGCAAGAAUUGGAACAUGGAUUGAAUAAAUUAAUCGAAUAUGAUGAUGGCAAAACACCAAUUUCAAACCUGUUUUGUACGUUUGAUUAUCUGCCCAGACCUGAUCGAUCUGUCGAAACGGCUCCGCAAUCUGCUUUACCAACGCCGAUGGAACGAUCUGAAAGUGUGGAUGGCGCAGAGAGUAUUCGUAGUCCAAGCGAAAUUGGAACGGAUCAUUUUAUGCGUGAUUCAGUCUUGUUGGCUUCAAUGGAUUCACCAAACGAUUUGAGCAUCUUUGUCGAUAAAGCGCCGAUCACAUUGACAACCUCAAGUCCGUUAGAAUUGGUACAACAAUUGUUUACAAAGUUGGGCGUACGAUAUUUGAUUGUUCUUCAUGCAUCCGAUGGAACGUUAAAAGGAGUCAUUUUCAAGAAGAGAUGGUUAGCAUUCUUGCAUUCGUUGGAAGAAGGAGAGAAGCAUAUUUGAAUGUUCAUAGUCGCGCACACAAAUAUGUCAAUGAAUGGUAAUGCUUGAAAUUUAUAACGAUUGAAAUGAAUGGUAUGAUAUGACAGAUG